UGGGUGCAUGCGGAAGUAAUGGCAACACAACAGUCAUUUAACGAAAUUAACUAUCGAGCUCCGACAAAUUCAUUAACAAUCAACCUCUUUGAUAGUAAAAGUAUCAAUCAGGUGAUGAACGUUUUGUCCUUCAGGACAAAUGAAGAAGGUCUCUUUAAACUUCACAAAUACAAUGUGCUUCUGCCUUUUGAAUCAUUAAAAUCAAUGGAAUUGCCCUUGAAAUCUGAUUUGCCGAAUGCGUUUUGUAUUGAUGUCGUGUUCCUGACAACAAUGCAAAUAUCACAAGGCAAUCAAGCGUUUAAAAUUGAGAUAAAAAAUGCACAAAAAAUUGUGAUCUUCAAUGAAAACAUCAUAACUAGAAGGAAAAAUGAAUGGACAACAGCAAGGAUAUUUAGAAACGAUAUAAAAUUGAGAAAAGACUGGACGAUUACGUUGACUGCUCACACUCGGGAACUUGUGAUUGGCGGGAUCAAAUUCUGCAAAGAAGGAUUUACGGUUUAUAAGCCAAAAAUUGAGAAUCCAAACCACUGCCAAUCUUUGGUGAAAGAAACAGACACGACGGAACAGGUUGCCAUAUCUCAUGUCCAAAAGAUCUGGUCUGAACUUAUUGAUUGCAACAAGUUAUUUGGAGAAGAUUGUUCGGGUACCCGAUUGUGCUACCAGGAAGGAUAUUGCGCUUGCUUUGCUGGAUAUCAAGGAAAUAACUGUGCAUUUCAGUGCCACGGAACGAUGUUUGGACUAAACUGCUCACAGUUUACCGAAAGAAAAUGUUUUAACGAAAGCUUCUCUCCAAUAAACGGAACGUGUCGCGAAGGGUGCGCCGCUGGAUAUUCUCUUCCUGAUUGCAUCGAUGAAUGCACGGGUGAUAAGUACGGAAAAAAUUGCCAUAAAACAUCUACGAAGAAAUGCUUGAAUAAUGAAAUAAACCAUGUUGAUGGAAAAUGUUUGAAGGGUUGCGCAGAUGGAUAUUACCCCCCGAUUUGUGAAAAAGCAUGCACUAAGAAAAAAUUCGGCCCGAAUUGUUCGAAAACUAACGACCGGAAAUGCUUUAAUGGGAAUUUCUCUCGAAAAAACGGAAGCUGCCUGGAUGGUUGUAUCAAAGGAUACGUGUACCCUGAGUGCCAAAGAAAAAUUCAAACUGUGACUCCAAAAGUAAAAAGGGUUGGAUAUGAAAUGGUUACUCUGGAUUUGCUCGCAAGUUUGAAUGGAACGGUUAACAUCAGCCAAAUUUUGAUUGAAUAUGAAAUUAGCUCGCACUCACAAGACUGGGCUAAUGAACGAUUAGAAUAUCUUCCAAAUGAAUUAAAGGAGUACUCAAUCUCGAACUUAAAGUCAAAAACGCAGUACACCAUAAGAUUUACCCUUUUUGAAAAGGAUGCGAUGAAACACACUCAAAAUUUUUUGCCUGGAAAUAAUUUGAGUUUUAUUACUGAGUGCAAGCCUCUUGAUGCUUCAGCAUUAACGGUUCAAGCUGUGAACAGCAGUACUUUUUCGAUUAACAUGUCCGUCGAUGCCAAUGUUGAUGUAUGCACGCCAAAAUAUUUAACGGUGGUUCACAACGCAAUUGAGAUAUUGAACGAAACCAUGGUUGGAGCAAAUUUUGUGAAAUUUGUUCACAACUGCCAAUGUGGAGAGCACAGAAUUACCGUCGCUUUUGUGGAUUUGUCAUCAACGUUGCAUGAAAUGUUUUUAUGCUCAAACUGUCCAACUAUAGAUUUAUUAGGAAUCAUCUGGAAACUGCUCACUCCAAUCGCAACCGUGUUGGCGGUUCUAGCCGUGGUUAUUGGUCUCGGCGUCUGGUUUUAUACGAAAAAAUGGAAGAAAAAUCUGCCUUUAAACCAACUUACGGUGCAAUUUUCAAAUACCUCUGAAAUUUUAAGAAACGAGAUACUGCCAACACCAACUGCUGGAGCAAACAAACUCACUGAUAAUAAUAGAGAAAUUCCGUUAAAUUCAAUAUCAACUGACGUCGAAAGAUACUUGCAAAAGGCCCUUACAUUUAACCUCAAGAAAGAGUUUGAGAAAUUUCCGCUCGGCCAAACUCAGUCAUGGAACUGCGGCUCCAAAUCCCAAAAUAAGAGAAAGAAUCGAUACGCAAACUUGGCCGCCUACGACUGUUCUCGGGUUGUACUGGAUCUUCUUCCCGGCGACAAAUACUCUGACUAUAUCAACGCCAACUACGUCGAUGGUUUUGAACGACCGAAGGCUUACAUCGCUACUCAAGGACCGAAAUUAUCUACCGUUAACGACUUCUGGAGAAUGAUUUGGCAGGAAAACAUUUCUUUAAUUGUUAUGGUGACAAAUCUGGUGGUAGGUGACAAGAAAAAGUGUGAAAAAUACUGGCCAGACGUCAACAGGGAAGAGAGUUACGGGAACGUAGUUGUUCGCUCCGUCAAUGAGGAAAUAAACGCCAACUACGUAACACGGACCUUUUCAAUCUCCCGUGAUAAUGCGAUCCGACUCGUCCAACAAUUGCACUACACGAGCUGGCCCGACCAGGGAGUGCCACUUUAUCCGCAGUCGAUGGCUCUUUUCAUCGGUAAAAUCAACCAACACAGGAACAAGAAUCCGAUAUUGAUCCAUUGCAGUGGUGGAGUGGGGAAGACUGGCACAGUUAUUUUAAUUGAUGCUUGCCUUCAAAUGUUUCGUUCGCACAAUCGAAUAGAUGUGAUGAGCAUUUUCACCAAAAUGCGGUCUCAACGAGUCAAUUUGGUCAACAAUUUGGCACAAUACGAGUUCGUCCAUUUGGUGCUCUUGGAGAUCAUUGCGAAUCCCAAGUUUGAAAUUGACUGUGCCAAUUUCGAUGAGGAAUAUUGCCAGUUGAUGUCGUACAACAGGGAAUGGCUCAAGCAGAGCUUCGUAAAACUCGAAAUAAUUUGCGAGAAGGAUUUUCAGAGAUUGGAAUCACCAGCCAAAAACGAUCCCGCAAAAUGCAGAUAUCCGCAUUUCAUAUCUUCGUCUAACGCCAUCAUUAGACUUUUGCCUUACGAGAAUGUGGUGACCACGAGCUUUAUCAACGCCGUAAUCGUCGACGGAUACAACAGAGCCAAGCAAUUUAUCGUCACUCAAGUGCCGAUGAAAAAUACAGUUGAGGAUUUUUGGAGGAUGAUCGACCAGUUCAACGUCAAGCAAAUCGUUGUUCUCAACGAGCCGCAUACUUCAGACGCUAAAUUUCUUCCGUCAAAGAAACGCAAAUUCGCUUUUGGCGACAUAAAGGUUACUUUGGCUGAUUCUCAAAAUAACAACAACAUCAACACCUUGGAUAUCAAGCUUCUUUCUAAAGAAGAAUGCAAAAAAGUGCGCGUCAUGUGCGCCUCGUUCGGCUGGAUGCCGCAACAAGCUGCUCCGCCAAACAUGGAAGCCCUCAUUAACCUAUGGGGCAGUUUGAAAAUCGCUCAUGAGGAAGAUAGCAUCACUAUUGUCUGCCAUGACGGGGUGACUGCCAGCGGGCUUUUCCUCGCUAUGGGGUUCGUCAUCGAGAAAAUCAAGUUGGAGCAGAAGGUUGAUGCUGGGCUUGCAGUGCGAACCCUGAGGAAGUCGAGACCUGCCUUUGUUUCCUCAGACAUCCAGUUUGCAUUCCUGUACGAAGCUGCCUUACACUUUUUGAACUCGUUUGACACCUACGGUAACUUCAAAUGUUGAGGAUAAUAAUUUAAAACCGACCUUAUCCAUAGAUAGAAGAUAGGUCAAUUAAUCAUAAAUGAUAUUCUGUGUUUUGAACCAUAAUCUAAUCUAUAAACUAUACUAUCCACAACUAUAAUAAUGCAGUAAAAAAUUAUGCUUUUUAUCAGUUUAAUCAUUUAAGCAUUAAAAAUACGGAAAUAAACGUAUAUUCAAUUUAAGAGAAUAUAUAUAUAUAUUAUAUUACCUUUGCUAUGAGAUGGAGUGCAUGUGAGAACAUCAUCACCUGUUUGUACUACCACGCUGAAAGACAAAUAGAGAGAAUUAUAAAUAUAAUUUAUUCGUAAAGUAUUAAAGAUAUGACGAGAAAAAUGUCAAUAAAUUAGUUAUUCAU